AUGGGCUUUAGUAUUAGGAAAGCCUAUGCAAACAAGAACAAACAUACGAAGGAGAUAACAUCACAGACAUUUGUAUGUUACAAAGAGGAAAGUCAAGGUAUUGACAAACGAGAUCCACUUGUCAAAAAUCCGAGACAAGAGGUACGAUGUGGUUAUGGUGCCCGAUUUAGUAUCAAGUUAGAUAGAAUUUCAGGAAAAUAUAUUGCUUGUGAUUUUGUUGAACAUCAUAAUCAUGAUCUUGUGCCUCAAGAUCGCAUUUAUAUGUUGCCAUCCCAAAGACAAAUAUCUACCACCCAAGCAAUUGAAGUAGAAUUGACUUUAGAAUCUGGAAUUCGUCUUAGGUCUGCUUAUGAGCUAUUCGUUCAAUUAGAUUGUGAAGAGCAAAUAAGUAAUAUAUUUUGGGCCGACACUCAAAUGAUCAUGGACUAUGCUCAGUUUGGUGAUGUAGUGACAUUCGACACUACUUACAAAUUAAAUAACGAGCAUAAACAUUUUGGAUCAUUUGUUGAAUUUAAUCAUCAUCGAGAAACAGUUAUAUUCAGUGCAGCGUUGAUGUAUGAUGAGACUGUUGAAUCUUUUACAUGGUUGUUUCAAAUUUUUCUGGAGGCAAUGUCAAACAAAGCUCCGAAAACUAUUUUCACAUAUCAAGAUGCUGCAAUAGCUAAGGCCAUUCCAAUUGUCAUACCCGAUACAAACCACCGACUUUUUGGAAUGAGUACUACUCAACUUAGUAAAUCCUUCAAUGCAUUUUUGAUGGAUUAUCUGAAUUGUGACCAUAACUUGAUGGAGUUCUUCAUGCAUUUUGAGAGGGUGCUUUAUGAGAAGCGGUAUAAGGAAUUGGAAGCCGAGUAUAAUUUGUCCCAAAAAUUGCCGAAGGUUUCAAUUCCAACUUUGAUGUUAGAGCAAGUGGCAGAGAUUUACACGAAAACAAUUUUUGAGGAAUUUCAAAAUGAGUACGUGCAGUCCAUUGAAACAUCCAUUAUAGGCACUAUUCAUGAUGGUGAGAGUACCAUAUUCACAAUAAGAACAGUAGUAGAUGGAAAAAAAAGAUAA